ACGCAUGGCUUUACCUGCUGGGAUAAAAGUUGGAAGUCUUGCAGCCGUUGUCGUUUUGUCUGUUGGCGUCAUUCUUCACAUCGGAGGGCUGGCGACACCAGGAUGGUCAGUUCAAGAUGGGUGGGCUAAAUAUGGUUUAUGGAAAGUGUGUGAUCAGUCUUAUUGCAAAGAGCACUCAUUCAAACCUGCCGCCCUUGAAGCCUGCGAAGCGAUGGCCAUCAUUGGCACGUGGAUCAGCUUUGUCGCUAUGGCAGUGGCUUGGAUUGAUAUUUUUCACAAGAUUUUAGGCAAAGAUGCUGCGCUGCCUUUCCACUUGAUCUCUGCAGCAGCUGCAAUAAUUUCAUUCGUGUUUAUUUUGAUUGGCGUCAUUAUAUGGGGUGCCAAACUCAACAAUCACUUGAUGAAGAUAGGUUAUUCCUUUAUUCUGAGCAUCAUCGGCGGUAUUCUCAUCGCGACUGGAGGUAUCAUUUACGGCAUAUUUGGCAGAACAUCUGCCUAAGAAUUUUACAACCGCUCU